GUCGGGAUCGCCCGGCGCCCCGGGGGUCGCUCCCUUCGCAUCUCGUCGGCGGCGGCCGCGGCCCGAGCCGGGUGGGCGGCCCGAGGUGAGGACCCGGCCGGUCCCUCUGGGAACAUGGCGACCGGUGGCUACCGGACCGGCGGCGGCCUCGGUGGCAGCACCACAGACUUCCUGGAGGAAUGGAAGGCGAAGCGCGAGAAGAUGCGCGCCAAGCAGAACCCUGCGGGCUCGGCCGGGGCGCCCGGGGGCGGCGGCGACCCGGCCGGGAAGCCCUCCGUCGGGGCGCAGGCUGCCUCGGCGGUGGCCGCGGCGGCCAACGAACUGAACAACAACCUCCCAGGUGGUUCGGCCGCACCUGCCGGCCCCGGCCCUGGGGGCGUGAACUGCGCGGUGGCCUCCGCCGCCGCCUUGGCCCGGGCGGGUCCUCCGGGCCUGCGGAGACCCGAGGACGACCCCCCUGCCGUCGCUGCCUCCGCCUCCUCGGGGAUCCCGACACCCCGGGGCGACGAGGAAGACCCUGACGGCGCCCCGGAGAAGGGCCGGAGCUCGGGCCCCAGUGCCAGGAAAGGCAAGGGGCAGAUCGAGAAGAGGAAGCUGCGGGAGAAGCGGCGCUCCACCGGCGUGGUCAACAUCCCCGCCGCCGAGUGCUUAGAUGAAUAUGAAGAUGAUGAAGCAGGACAGAAAGAGCGGAAACGAGAGGAUGCAAUUACACAGCAGAACACAUUGCAGAAUGAAGCUGCAAGCUUAUUAGAUCCUGGCAGCUCCUAUUUGCCACAGGAAUCAUCUAGAACAGUUUCAGGCAGAUAUAAAAGCACAACCACUGCCUCAGAAGAUGAAGUUUCAAGUAGAUAUACCAGAACAGAUAGAGGUAGAUAUAACAGAGAUGCAACUGUUGCAAGUAAUUUGGUGUCAAGUAGCACACUGGAAAAGAAAAUUGAAGAUCUUGAAAAGGAAGUACUAAGAGAAAGGCAAGAAAACCUAAGACUUGUGAGAUUGAUGCAAGAUAAAGAAGAAAUGAUUGGAAAACUCAAAGAAGAAAUUGAUUUAUUAAACAGAGACCUAGAUGACAUAGAAGAUGAAAAUGAACAGCUAAAGCAGGAAAAUAAAACUCUUUUGAAAGUUGUUGGGCAGCUGACGAGGUAGAAGAUUCAAGGCUCUUUGUGGAAAAAAUCCUUUAAAACUACUGAUUGAAUGUUACAGUUAAUGCUAGUGUAAUACUCCUGUGUUGCAGUACAUUAAAAUAACUGUAUAUUUAUUUUUAGAAAAUGAAUGGAUGUUUAUUUUCAAAACUUUUUCUUUUCAUUAUGAGUUAAAAAAAAUCUUUUAUUUCAUGAAUAAGUAACAUCUUUCAGUUAUUACAUAAUGAUAGGUAAUGCUUCUUGGUUUUGUGUGGUAUUCAAAUAAUAUAUGUUUUAAAGUCACAGUUGUUUGAAUAUAUUUUAUCUGUGCUAGUGUAUUUUCUCCGUAAAGGAAUAUAUUGUAGUCUUUGUUUACAUGAAUUCACAUUCUUUGGGGAAAUUACUUACCAAUGCCUUAGUACUGAUGUUGCAACCUUUUACAUGUUGAAGAUUUGCUCAUAAAGCUAUUUGUCUACUGUCAUUUGUUCUUUUCUCUUGUUCUAAGUGAUUUAGAGUAGUAACAGAAACACUGCUUUGUAUAACAGUAAUCUUGUAGAGGAAAGCAGUUUUUAAAAGUCAAUAUGUUCUAGUCAGUUAAAUACAAACUUAAGAGAAUACUUGAAUUAUGCUGUAGUAAAUGAAAAUUUACUAUUUUGUUUUUGAAUAUUGAAACUUGUUACAUUACUUUAAUUCCUAAGAAACAGUUGUAAUUUUUCAUAUGUAAUUUCUUAUGUAGGUACUACUUUAUUGUUUCAAGGUUUAUUAUUAAAUAUGGGGGAUUUAGAAAGUUAUUCAUUCUUCAGGCUUCAAAAUUGUGUACAAUUGACAGUGUUUGAGAAGGAAACCCAUGCUUUUUCUAGCAAAUGCUAGAAUAUUAGAACCAAUGUAUUUGUCCUCACUGAAGACAUUUAUACAUACAUUAACAGAACAGUAUGUAAGCAGAAGUAGUAUCAAAAUAUUUUGCCUAAUUUCUAAGCUGGAAAAACACUGUGAUACUGUUUUUAUAUGAGUGAAUAUUCCCCUAUCCCAGAUUUAAGGAAUUUUUUUUCCUAACACUGAAAACUUUUUUAAAAAAAGUUAUUUUUUGGAGGAAUUACCUUUUAUUAAAUAUCCUUAGUACCUAGAGUUUUUUCAUAUUAUAUUUUCAUAUUGAGUAAGAACCUCCCCUCCCUUAAUAUGUAUUAACAUGAAGAAAUGUCUUUCUGCAGUUGAAUAUCAAGCAGCAGUACUAAUGUUGUUUUAUCUAAUAAAGCACAGAUAGAUGUAGCUUGAGCAUAGAGAGCCCAUUUAGGGUACCCUACUGUCUCUUUUUACUUCACUUGCCAAACUUAUUCACCAUUAGAAAAUUAGGGAAUGAAAGACAAUGGGGAAAAAUUGAAUAAUAAAUAUCAGCUUUUAAAUUCUAAAUAUAUCUGCAGUUAGAAAUAUCAAAAUUAACCAAUGAUCAGAAUCACUUGAGCAGUUUUAAAAAGAAUCCCUGCCUCUAACUCUUAAGUAGAUUUAGAUUGAGACCUGAACUCUAUAGACUUUUUAAAGCUCAUCUGAUUUUUAGUGUAAUGUAGUUUUGGAAUCAGUUGCUGUUGUGUAUUUUCCAUUUAAGGUCCUGUAAUUGACAAAUUAGCUACCAGUAUUUUCUUCCUUUAAAGUAAUAAUUAACCUAGGGUCCCCACACCCUCCCCGAGGGCAGUUUUUGUACAUCUGUAUAUAUGCUUGCUGCUCACAUGAAGUUCAGUGUUAGCUCAUGAAAUUUGAUACAGCUACAAGAAUUACUGAAGAACAGCUUCCUUCUUGGAGACUUGCCCAGCAUAACAGUGAUCAGCUGCCCACAUUGCUACGGUAUCUGCCAGGCUCAAUCACUACUGGGCUAUGUGGUACUCAUCUCUUCAGUCAUUUUUAGGUAUGUGGCAGAAAGGUCUCCAUUGCUCAGAUCUUUAUCAACUCUCCAGAUGUUGUGAAAAUGCUGGCAAUAUCCUACCUUAAUAUAUUAGUGAAAGAAUUAGUUUCAGUUUUCUGUUUAGUUCCUAUGUAGAUAAAGGCACAUUUUAUUUCACUUUAAAAUUGUACUAGUUAUGAAUGCUUCUAAAGCUUGAGAUGUUUUAAAAUUUUUCCCUCCAGUAUUUUCAGGAAUGGUUUUUGCUUUUUUUAUGUAAUGACUCCCAGUGCAGAUACAGGAGCCUCACGAUUUAGGCAAAGCAUUUCACAGGUUGCACUUCCCCACUUCCUUAAAAUGUGUGUUUAUUUCAUGUAGGAGUUUUACACUGAGGUAAGACUUAUUACAGUUUUAAAUAUAUAAAGAGAUAGGUGAUGGUGGCUCACACCUGUAAUCCUGUUUACUGGGGAAGCUGAGAUUGGAGGAUCCACUUUUGAAGCCCUCCCUCUCACAAAAGUCCAUGAGAUUCUUAUCUCCAAUUAAUCAGCAGAAAGCUGGAAGUAGACUUGGCUCAAGCGGCAGAACCUUAGCCUUCAGUGAAAUAGCUAAGCAAGAGUGAGAAGCCCUAAGUUCAAAGCCCUGUACCAUAGCAAUACUCAAAGGCAACAAAGAUUUCUCACCAAUAAAUUAAAUAUUUACAAAUAAAUAUUUAUAAAUUUUGGGGGGAGUGUUAAGCAGGUAGUCUAAGUACAUGUGUACUGUCAUAGGAAACAUGCUUAUUGUUAAUAAAAUACAUUUUGUGAAAUCCAGUCCUAUUAAUAUUAUUUCUCAUAACUCCUUGUGAUUUGUGGCAAAAUAAAGCGCAUCCAAAGUUACAACAUUUUCAAAAUUAAGUUUAUCUCUGCUGCUGAUACAGACCAUCUUAAAGUUAUUACAAUUUUUAUUUCAUUUUUCUAGAGUUCUUUAUUAUUUCAUUAUAAUACAUUUACCAUUGGAGGGAAGGGGAAGGAGUUGGGACGUGUACUUUUAAAUAAUAGUAGAUUAGCACUGUCACACGUGUCCAAGUAUAUUAAAAUGUAGAAAAUUAAGUAUUAAUGAAGCACUGUAGUCUUUUAUUUCCAUAAUUUAAAAUUUGCUUAAUUGUGGUAAGAAGCAAUAUAUUCUUAAGGUGGAAAACCUACCUCAGUUAUAUGUGGUUUAUCUUUUUUGGAGCAGUCUGGAUUUUUGUAGCUAGACAUCAAAUGGUAAAAUUUUGGGUCCAUAUACUUUGUUAAAAACAAUGUGAAUUAGGGUAAUACAAAGACACAUGCUGUACACUGUAAGAAAAAACAGUGAAGAUCUUUUAAUCAAUUAGAUCAAAUAGAUCAAUUAAUCUAAUGUCUUUAACCUUCAUGUUGAUAGUCUUCCUUUGCUUUUUUUUUUUCAGUUUUGUGAUUUUUUGAGUUAGUGACUAGUAAGUUUCAGGUAAUGCUGGCACUCAUCAUUUUGCUAAUUUGUUCUAAUAUUUAGGUGUUUUCAUUUUUGUAAUAUAUGAACCAGAACACACCAGCUUUUUCUUAGAGAGAAUAUGUUAAAUGAGAAAGAAAUAGCAUCCAAGAAUCAGAACUUUUUGUUAACACUUCUCAUAUCUGAGUCCUAAUAUGUAACAGUAAAUUUACAUUUAGCUAGAUUUGCAUUGGAAUUAUGCUCUCCUAAAUAAAGGACAUCCUAUUGAUGAAAAAUUUUAAUUCUGUUGUUCAUUAAACUGAAAGUGUAAUGCUACAUGGACAACAAAGUUUGCUCAUCAAGUAUAUCAACAAAAGCACCUCCCCCCAUGCUGUUCAGCUUCUCUUUGAUCUAUAUAAGUUGGCUGUUUGAUUCUGGGAUUAAAGACUUGAACCAUUAUGUAAGAAAACCUUUAGCCCACAUUUUUUGUUUUGCUUAGCUGAAUUUCCUAGCCCAUUAAAAUCCUGUUCUCAACGCCCUCCCCAAAUCAGUGUGAGAGUUGCAUUGAAUAUUCAUACCUAUCUCAGCAGUCAUGUGGUAUAGAGUUAUAGUUAUGUUGAAGUUUUAAAUAAAUGGGUAUGAACUAACUCUUCCACUUAGAGUACCUUCUGUGUAGUGUGUUAGUUGCAUAGAACAGUUUUAGCUAGCAUGCUUGUCUAAUCUGAACAGUUUGUUCAAAGGUACUUUUUAUGCUAAUUAUUCAGCCAUUGUCUUACAUUAGAUCUAGUUAAUAGGUACUGUCAAAUACUGACUAGUCCAAGGAAAGAACAUUUAUUUGAAAGUACUUUGCCAUAUUAAUUUGGGUAAUUAUGCAUUAGGAAAGAAGCAUUAAGGAAUUUAUAACAGUAAUAAAGUGAAAAGAAUUGUGUGUCAGGUGCACCAAUCUGUUCCAAAUCUGAUUUCAAGUUAGUAUUUCCAUAUACAUUAUUAAUAGGGCUUUCUUAAAACAUUUAAGCUUCUGCCCUUCAGUUCACAAACUAGCAUUCACUCCAAUAAGAUUACAAGGUUAGUAGUAAUAAUUCUGAAUUUUAAGUGCUUGUGUUUUGUUUUUCCCUCUGGUGCCUUCUUGAAUGUAUGUUACUUUUCAUCAACUUGUUUCUUAAAAGAUUUGGCUAUGCGAUACAAGGUUUUUAUUGCUUGUUUUUUUUUUAAUUUAAGAAAACAAAUAGACAUUGGUACCAGCAAAGAUCAUAUGAAAGCUGCAGCUCACUGUUUUGUUGAAAAAAUCACUAAUUCAGAUAACCUAAGUGUGGGAAAACAUCUGGACAGUUAAUUGAGUACAGUAUUGUACAUGCAGCUUUGACCAUUCCCACUGCAUAGGUUUUCAUUGUGGAUAUUCAACAUAAUAUAGCUUUAAUUUCAAUAUGCUUUUCAUGUAAAAAAAAUACUCAAUAAAAGUUACAUUUUCAUUUA